UGGGAUAGUGAGUUCUCACCGCAUUGCCCGGACUUCCCGGGAACGCAGAGCCGAAAAUCCCGAGCCAGGAACCCAAAAGCGGGGAGCCCCGGAGCCAUGAACCCCAAAACCCUACUCCUACUGAUGCUCUGCACUCGUGCUGCCUGGUCCCGUGUCGUCCGUGUCCCCCGGGGGCCGCUGCUGCGGGUAGAUGGCACAGAAGUCUCCAUUCCCUGCGACGUCAGCGACUACGAGGGUCCUGCCGAGCAGAACUUCGAGUGGCUCUUCUCCUCAGACGGGUCGGCCGGAUUGGGGGUCCUCAGCACCUGGGACCCCUCGUUCACGGACCCCGCGUUCUCUAGCAGGGUAACUUCAGGGGGCAUCCGGCUCCAGAGAAUCGGCCCCAGCCGGGUCGUGCUCCGUAUCCAGCAGCUGCACGCGGCCGACGCGGGGACCUACACCUGCUCCACGCCGAGCACCGAUGCCACCGUCCGGGGCAACUACGAGGACCGCGUCCAGCUGAAAGUCUUACCGGACACGCUGAGUGUUGCCGGUGCCAAGGGGCGGCUGGCGAGUACCCGGAAUGUCACCGUAGGGGGCUCUUUCCAGCUGUUGUGCCACGCGGCCUCCUCCGAGACCCCCGCGCAUACUCACCUGUCGGUGACCUGGGAGCGCCGGAUGGGGACUGAAGCCGUAGAGGUGCUGACCCUGACCCACCUUGGCCGCAUCCAGCCGGGCUCAGAGUACGAGAGCCGUUACGGCACCGGGGAGGUGGGUCUGGGCACCGCGGGGGCCGACGGCUUCCGUCUCACCGUGAACAGAGCCGAGAGCGCGGACGCCGGGGAGUACAGCUGCACGGCCGCUACGUGGGUGCCGGCCCCCGACGGCUGGGAGAAGAUCCAGGAGAAGCGGGUGCCAAUCGCACGAGUGGAGGUCCGGCCCAUCGGUGUGAGUGUAAAGGCUCUGCUGUCGGACGUGCGGAUCUCUGAGGGUCUCCCGCUGAACCUGUCCUGUCUGGUGUCCGCCGACUCGGACGGGCCGGUCCUUACGAGGGUCCGCUGGCUGCUGUCACCGGACUCGGGAGAGCCUCGCAAGCUUCCAGGAGGGCCAGAGCCGGACCUUGUUGGUACAAAUGAGGGCAUUUAUCAGCUUUUACUGCCCCGGGCGUGGGACAGCGGCAACUACAGCUGCCAGGCGACUGCGUGGGCUCCGCGUGGCAACGGGACGUGGCAUCCGGCUGCAGAGACCGAGUCCGAGGCCGUCAGAGUCAUGGUGCUGCCCCCUGAAGCGGAUCUCGUGGUCUCGCUGAGCGCCGCUCUCCUGCCUCUCUCCUCUGAGGAGCCCAUGGAGCUGCUUUGCCGCGUUGCCGGACCGGAAGGGGCCCGUCUGUCCGUGUCCUGGUAUCACAGCCCUUCCUCCCCUGCCGGCGCUCGCCUGGUGGGCUCCCUGGAUCAGGACUGGACCCUCCGCGUGGGAGAGGAGUACCGGCAGCGCAUGGAAAGGGGGGAGCUGAUCUUCCUGCGCAGGGACCCCCAGACCUUUGUCAUGAGGAUCCAGUGGACAACAGAGGCAGACAGGGGCAGUUACCGCUGUGUGGGCAUCGCCUGGGGGCAGCAGCGGAACGACAGCUGGGCUCCGAGCGCGGAGGUGCCGUCGAGUCCAGCCGUCGUCUACUGGGAAGAAGAAGAGCCAUCGCUUGCCGUUAAUGCUCAGCUCACCAAGCUGGUGCCGGCGGCUGGCGGGACCUUCGAGAUGCUCUGCGCCGUCAGUGCCGCGAACAUCCCCUCCCCACGGUACUCGGUUCAGGUGACCCUGGACAGGCCGCUCACCGGCCCCGUGGGCCCCGCUCCCGUUAUCUCGCUGAGUCACGACGGGCUGACCGGACGGGGCCCGGAGAGCGCAGGGAACGCCGUGCUGGAGAAGGUGAAGCCGGGUCUGUAUCGCUUCACCAAGUACCGGACGCAGACGCAGGACACCGGCGCUUACCGCUGCGCCAUCACCGCCUGGACGCAGGGUGGAGGCGGAGCCUGGAGGGAAAUAAGAAACCAAACGUCCAAUCCCGUGCCUUUAGAAUUUCAGACCUCAGGUCCGGUGUUUAAUGUCACGGCCCACACGGACAGAUCCUCUGUCUACGCCGGGGAAAGAGCAGAGUUCUGGUGCAUCAUCUCCACAGAUGGGCCAGCUAUGGACCCAGAAGACGUGGCGUUUGAGGUCUCGUGGUUCGCCGAGCGCCUGGGUGCCGGCGCCGGUCCCUUGGUGCUGGUGGAUCGGGCCGCGCAGGUGCGGAGCGGCCGCAGGAAUGGCACCAGCGAGGUGGCUCUGGAACGCGUCAGCGAUAUGGAGUACCGGCUCCGCAUCUACGGCUGCGAAGAGGGGGACGCCGGGGGCCAUUACUGCGCCGUCACGCCGUGGGUGCGCUCGGGCGAGGGGGGCUGGAACCAGCAGGAGGCCAUCAGAUCCAACGUGGUCUCCAUCAGCGUCAGGAUGGAUCUGCUCAGCACAUUCAGAUAUCCCCUGCUGAUCGGGAUGGGGCUCUCGCUCCUGGCCGGGCUCUUCUCCUGUCUGAUUGGAUACUGCAGCUCCCGCCUCUGCUGCAAGACCCACCCCAAGCAGGAUGUGCGCAGGGAGCACCGCAGACUAAUGGCCAUGGAGAUGGACUGACUGCCGGCACGAGCUGCGUCUGGGGCCAAAGGGGGCCAGGGGAGUCCGGGGCGCGGCGAGUGAUGGGAGUCCCAGGGAGCCAUGGGAGUGGAGCCGGCACCAACCUCAGGGAUUUGGACUCUUGCACCAAAGGGCUACGGAGGGCCAGCCAGGGCGAGCACGGCGGGGGCCACGCUGCAUUAACCCAAGUGCUGCUGGCUGCAUUAUGCAAAACGUUCCGUCUCAAUGGAGAGAAUAUGACAG